CAUGUAUUAACUAACAAAUUGAAAUUUGAAAUAGAAAGUAAAUACUAAACUAAUUUAAUUAUCCAGUUCUUUAAUCCCGAACAAAAUUUUAGUGAAUAUAUUGUUAUAUAGGGACACUUGUAUUUUAUUAGGAAAUUAAUCGAAGGAUUUCCAGUAAUGGCGCCCCAAAAAGGUAAAACUGGCACUAAAGGCCAAAAACAAAUAUUAGAAGAGAAUGAAGCCACAUUGAAGUUUUAUAGAAAUAUGAUUGGAGCAGUUAGCGCUAUAUACAUCAUAGUUCAAUUGGCUUUUGGAAAUGUUUUUUCUCUUACAAACAUUUUUUUAUAUACUCUUGUUAUAGCUUCACACGGUGGUAGCUAUAAAUUUAUGGCAUAUAUGUCAGUAGCUAAAUUUACUGAAAAUGGGCAGUUACUAGAUGCUGGUACAGAUCUCAAUAUGGAAGGAGGUUUAGCCGAGUAUACAAAGGAUUUGAUUAUAUUAACAUCAGGUUGCCAAUUAUUAUCACUUAUUUCUAAUUACUUUUGGUUUCUGUGGCUCCUAGCACCUGGUCAAGCAUUCUGGAUACUAUGGAAAAACUUCUUAGGACCCUAUUUUAUGCAAAAAGCACCAGAAGAUAAUUCACCAGAAAUAAACGAGAAAAAACAAAAGAAAUUGGAAAGAAGAAAAAAACGGCAACAAAAUGUACGGUUUUAAUGAUUUUGAUUGAUAAAUCGAGCUUAAUUAUUAUUUUUUUAAUUUAAAUUAUAUUUUU